UGCAUCCGGAUACUAUUCCGGUGGAAUAUAUUACGGUAAUGAAAUUCGCCAUGGCAGUCCGGACAUUUGUCGCGAAUUGAACUCUGAAUUCCAUCGAAACUACCAGUUGAACAAUCAGAUGGAAAUACUGAACCAAUCGAUAAUACCAUUUCCGGUUCGAAUCGUCACAGCGACAUACAAAAUUGUUAUCGAAAAUUCACCGUUCGCUGUUAAUAAUAUUGUCACAAAUGCAUGCCUGCCGAAAUCGUGCACAUAUCACGAUUUAAUUCAAGUUAUGUCGUAUCGACUGCAGAUACCGAAUCUUCGGAAUGGUUUGUUUCUGAGCAGUGGUGAACUGGUGAAAUUACGAUUAAUGGACAGUACGUACGCGAUUUAUGAAGACAGUAGCUUCUAUGUAUUGGCUGUUCUCACCAUACUGAUUUUAAUGUUAAGCAUUGCCGCAUGGCUCUACGACCACUUUACCAAUUUCGAUGGUGAUUCCAAUGAUAAUUCAAUUACUUCCAACCGACGUUCAUUCCAUAGAUCACCAGAGAGUACUAUCAUGACUCAAUCAGCAAUCCAACAACUAACGAAACUAAACAAUUCUGAACAACCGAACUGCCUGACCGAAUUAAAGAUGGAUCCAUUCGCUGAAAGCAUGACCGUCAACAAUAUCAACACCAACAAGCACGUCAAUCUGGUUCAAGUGAAAAAGAUUAAAGCGCAGAAUUCAGCCUCAGCCACCAUCAGCUUGGACAUUAUAGCAGGAAAGUGUGACUAUGUCAAUCACAACGGCAAAGUCCGUCAAAACUGUAAAUCCAAUAGUACGGCGAGGAAAAUUGUGCUGGCUUUCUCGUGGCGUAAGAACCUCAAUCAUCUCAUGAACGCUAAUCAGUUUGAAUGCAAUGAAAUCGCAGCUGUUUGUGGAGUACAGGUUGUGGGUGUUAUGUGGAUAAUGUUGGUCCAUACUUGUACGGUUCUGUCGUAUGUUUGCGACAACAAAGUCUACCGCAACAGUAAAUACAAUUUUGGUAUAUUGGCAGCCAUAAUAAACACCGGAUCAUUUUCUAUUGACACCUUUUUCUUCCUAAGCGGCGUCCAGAUUACCUAUACAUUUUACAAGACAAUUAAAACCAUUCUAAACGACCAUUCCAUUGGAACUUUGGACCAGGUCAUACACUUUGCAGCAAUGAUCAUACAUAAAGUGUUGAGGUUAAUCUUUCCCUACUUAGUCGUACUGCUGAUGCUUCAGAUCGUGAUGAAGUAUUUCUAUCACAACAGUAUCGUAGAAAUUCCGUCGCAAGAUCACAUGACUUGUCAGGAAAAUAUGUGGCGAAAUAUGCUCUUCAUCGAUACCUUUUUUCCGAUUAAAGAAAGAUGCAUGCCAUGGUCGUGGUUCUUUAGUUUAGAUUGUCAGUUUUUCGUUGCAGCUUCAAUUAUUCUAUUGAUUGCAAACAACCAUCCACGAUACGCUACUGUUAUUUGUACCGCAUUCUUUGUCAGCUCAUUUGUAACAACCACCAUAGUUCGAUACAAUAAACAUCCAAAGAUAAGUCUAACAUACGAGGACCAGAUCGCUGAAUUUAAUAGCGUAUACGAUCAACCAUGGACUAGAAUUGCUCCUUUCCUACUUGGCAUGUGUCUCGGAUAUAUUUUGUUCAAAACGAACGAAACGAUUCGAUUGAACAUUUUUGUCAUCAUUUCCGGUUGGAUUGCAUCGGUGCUACUGGUAUGUGGCAUCUCAUUUAGGAACAUAUUUCUGGUAAAAUCAAACCUAUGGAUAGAGGCAGCACUUUCUUCCUCAACGCACACUGUUGGGCCGAUGAUUCUGUUUUGGAUCAUUUUAUCGUCGAUUUCGCAAUAUCAAGGUUUCAUUGGCCGAUUUCUUUCAUCGAAACGAUUAAUUCCGUUGAGCAAGCUAACCAAUUGUAUUUUAAUGGUUCAUCCGUUGAUAACACGACUGAUAAUACUCGACUCCGAGCAAAUAUUUCACUUGUCUCUAGCCAUUUUAUUCACAACAUACAUCGGAUUUUUGGCACUAUCAUUUACUGCUGGCUUCGUCCUGUACAUGUUCUUCGAAGCACCAUUAACAUCCUUGCUGCAGAAUGUCUACUAUAAGAGUGUUAAGUGAUUCCGUGAAUUCGAAAUGUUUUGUUGAAUUUGAAAUAAAAACUAAAAAUUGUACCUUUUUUUCACAACGGGAAAGAAACUA